GCGAUGGAGCUAGACGGGGGCACCGAGAAGUGAAUUGGCCAGCGUGCAAGGGCGGGGAGAAGACAGACGAGGCGGCCGCGAAGGGCGGGGGAAGAAAAGGCCAUUCAGAGGCGGAAGAGUUCUCACCUGAGUGUGCUGGCGCGGCCGGCCCGUUCCGCUCCCAGACGUCCGAUGUUUUUUUUCUGCAUUCGCGGCCCCCGACCCAUCCCCCUGGGCCGGUUUUUCGCCCUGGGGCCAAUCUUUUGGAUGGCCUCGGGGCCCGGAAGGCGGCCACAAAGGCCGAUUCCAAGGCAAAGCGAAGUGUUCGAAGACAUCACAUCGUCGGAGAUCUUGGAUCGGCGUCGUCGGCUGUCGCCGUCGGCACCGUCGCCGCCGCCAGCGUCGCGGUCGUCGAUCGGCCGCAGGACACCGAGGUUGUCCGGUUCGUUGACGACGUGAGUGCCAGCGCCGCCGGAGUGAACCGGGCGGAGCCCAGGUGGGUCGCGUCCGCGGGGGCCAUGUCCAUAUGAGCCUUCGGCGCGAGCGAGUGCAUCGGAUUUGCGCUCGCUCCCCGGGGUGACCCGGACGGCUCGUGCAGGGUCCCGUUCUCGAGGACGGACGGCGGUCGCCACGUGCUGGGGUAUGUCGGCCUGAGCCUGGGUGGCGAGCGUCUGGAUCGGGGCGGACUGGAGUACAGCGAGGCCCAGCCGUACCACCGAGCGUACGCCAUCCGAAUCCUGUGGGCGGACAUGUCCGAGAGCAGCGCGGCGGCGCUCGACGAGGUGCUGGCCGCUGGGCUCGCCGACGACCUCGAGCGUCUGCGGAGCGAGGUACACCUGCGGGCGUCCCUCACGCACCCCGCCGUUGCGCGGCGCGCGGCGCGCGCAGCGGAGCUCCUGGCGGGCACCAGGGGUCUGACGACCGCGCUCGUGGUGCACAGCUACUGGAGGGCGUUCUCCUCGAUGACGGCGGAGGGAGAGGUGCCCUUCGGCCGGGCAGAAGACGAGGGCUGGCUGGCGCGUUUCGGGCACCUGGUCGGCCUCGCCGCGUGCUCCGCCUCCGCCGCGGCGUGCGGGGGCGCGCCGCCGCCGCGCUGGGCCGCGGGCGUGCUGGGCCUCGCGCAGCUGCUCUGGGGCAACGUCUGGGCUCUGCCCGAGCACUCCGCGUGGGGCCUCAGCUACUGGGACGUGCGGGUGCUGGCCGCCGGCAGCUUCUGCCCCCUGAGCCGCUUCGUCGCGGAGGACCUCCUCGCCGCGGGCCGCGGCGGGGGGCCUGGCGCCGCCAUCCAGCCCGCGCUGCGGGCCGCGUCGUGGUACCCGGCGCCCCACGCCUGCUCCCUGAUGGGCUUGGCCGCGGCGCCGCCGCGGGCGCCCGGGCUCCGGGUCGUGGUGGUGCAGGCGCACCACGGCCUCUUCCAGGAGACGCAGUCGCUCCUGCACGCCGUGUCCCUGGACCACUGGGGCCGCCCCGCGGAGAUUGUCCCGUACUUGCUGAAGCGCGGGUGGAAGAACCGGCAGUGGUCGGGCAUUGCCACCGACGGGCUGUCCUGGGGCUCCGGGUCCGGGCCCCCAGAGAGCCGCGGCGACCCCGACAAGCGCAGGCUCUUCUCCCUGCGAGAAGGCCUGGAGAUGGUCCGAGGCUGGGUCGCCAGCGACGCCGACUGGAGGGCAGCGGACGCGGUCGUGGACUGCAAUCCAGCGUGGGUGUGCGUGGCGCUUCAUCACGUGGCGCCGGAGCUGCCGAUUGUCAUGCGAAAUAACAUGGCGCUUCUCCUGCAGUAUUUUGACUGGGAGGAGCUGGACACCUUCUGGGCAUGGCUUGCCGAUCUCACCUCGUCGGCGCGCUGCCGCUUCUCAGUCGGUACGCGCUUGGUCGGGGAGCAGAUCUUCUGGCAGACAGGUGUCAGGCCAGAGUACGUCCCCAUGGUCAUGAUUCAUCUCAGUGGGGUUGCGCAUUUCCUCAAGAACGAGUCCUCCACGGACGAGGUCCUCCUCUUCAAGAACACCCACCCCGGCUUCGACAGGUUUGUCCUCCUGCUGAAGCAGCACGCGGGCCCCGCCGGGCUGCCCCUGGUCGUCCAGCAGGAGCUCCUGGAGUCCCUGGGCCGGCCGCUGGACUACGAGGAGAUCGCGGCCUACCGGGCCGUGGUGCUCGUGCCCCACGUGCCGAACAACGCCGCCUUCGCCGACCUCUACGCCCUGCACGUACUCCGCUGCCCGACCCGUGUUCCUGCCGGCGGAGCCCUACAUCUACACGUGGAUGUGGGCCAACUCGGCCAUGUUCGCCGGGCCCACGCUCUUCUCCGUGGGCAGCACGCCCAUCCAGAGCCGCGCCCCCGAGAGGCUCCGGCCCAGGGCCCCGGCGUGGUGGCUGCAGGAGGACGGGGCCAACGCGAGCGCGCAGUACCCCCCGUUCGAGCACCUGGUGGCCGGCUUCCCCUCCGAGCUCGAGAGCCUGCUGCACAGGGCCUACUGGUUCCAGUACUCGGACUACGCGGCGCUGCCGGGGCUGAAGCGCUUCCGCAGCGCCGCGGAGCUGGUGGCGCUGCUGGCGGGCUUCUCCCGCGGGGCGGCAGGCGCGGCCAGCCGCGCGAUGCGAGGGGCGCACGAGCGGCGCGUGCACGAGGUCAAGCGCUGGAUGGCGUGUGCGCUGGCGAGCCUGCAGGAUCAAGCUCCAGCUAGCUCAGUAAAUGCCCACGCUCAGUGCGGGCAUGCCGGCUCCGAAGUCACCUGCCGCUGAUGAAGUGCACAUUCGGCGACGCCCCCUGCCAAUCCAGACGCACUUCAGCACGCCCAAGUCUCGCCAGUUGGGGCCAGAGCGAGCACUCGAAGUCACCAAAGGCAGCGGCGAAGGGCUCCAGCGCUACCUCUCCCUGUUCAGCCGGCCAUUCUCUGCUGCCCGUGUUCAGCACGCCAGCGUGGACGGAGCCCGACGUGCGAGCUCGGCUGGAGCUGUACGCGGAGUCGUGACGCCGGUGGCGACGUCGGCCAGGAAUGUUGCCAGCCGUGCAUGGCGCCCUGCGCGAUGCCCCAGUGCCCAGGAGCUCGCUCGCGGGCUUGUGCGGCAGUGACCCUUUUAGUCGAAGAAGAAGGGGCUGCAUACAGUCGGCGCCCUGAAGAAGGAACCCUUUUCGUUGGGGAGGGGCUCCGUGUUCCUUCAUUGCUUCGCAGCUUGCCUUAGAUUUUCCUCAGGCUUUCGAUGCGAAAUCGAACUUUUUACUUAUGGAAAAUAGGGGCCUCGUUCCUUAUUUAGGGUUCCUUAGGUCAACGCCCCGACUGUAGUCGAAGAAGAAGGGGCUGCACAAGAGGUCCUCGCGGAGGCGCUGGACCCCCCUGCCUGACGCGCGGAGCGCGCCCGGUGGCGGCGCCCGGCGCCGAUCCGGGAGCUCCGCGCGGACCUGCGGCGGCGUAUGUUUGUGCAGCUGUGCUUUGUCCUCUUGUCUAGGGCAUGUUGCGAGUUCGGGCGUCGGCGUCUGGUUUUCCCCGCCCCCGCGGCUGGGCAUUCCGAGCCGCGGGGGUGCGUGGUUUUGUGCUGUUUUCCCCGGUGCCGGAGGGCGCGCCGCUUUAGUUUUCGAUCGGCUCCUUGUGCCUAGCGGGGCGUCACACCGUCGGUCACCAGAGAGUGGCGAGAGCGUUGGCAAGGGGUGAAAGGCGGAAAGCAGGCGCGCAUUCGCUGCCCUCGCCUCCGAAGUAAGCGCCUCUGCACAAGACGAUGAUCGUUGUGCUCGGUUGCCUUCUCGGCAGACUUCGUGCUGUCGCCUGGAAGGUCAGAGUAGCAGUUUCCCGAGUCCCUUGCUCUUGUAGAGCACCGGACGACAGCAUCCCCAGGCAUGAAGUGCUUGGACAGAUGUGUGCCGCCAUGAUGCUGUGAGCUUUUCUGUUUUCCCCCGCAUGCUAUCUGGGAUUGUCGUUUUCAGGAACGACGCUCCAGUCCUCCUUUCGUGCCCCCUGUGCUGACCUCUCCGUUUCCUCUUCGUGCUGCUCCUCCUGCUUCUCGCCAUCCCAGCCGCACCAAUACGCAAGGGACCUACCACCUCGUGAUGCUAAACACGCUUACGCUCAUAUGCGAAUAGCUGUAUGUAGUAUAGCAUUGAUGCAUCUCGUUUCCAUUUCGGGUAGUUGCAACAUUGAACUGCUUGAGGCCAUUCUCUGAUGCAGCUGGCAGUUGAUCCUCCUUUGAAAGCAUCCACAAGGGAGGUGUGCCCGCAGGUUCAAAGUAGAUCCACAGAGACUGCGUGAUCUUGGGCACCGGUGCAUCGUUGUGGACUGCAGCGAUGGAAGUUUCAUCUGCUUCUGCCAGCCGUGUUUCUCCUACACGUCUGGAGAUCCGUUGCGUCGCUUGUGGGACCCUUGUCAGGCCCCACCCUCCUCCCGUGCGUCCGCGCGGUAGAAGGAGCUCCUCACCCCUCCUGCUUGCACCUCCUGCUUCCUAGCUUCCUCCCUCCGCCUGCUUCCUAGCUCUCUUGCCUCGUCGUCCCUGGGGGCUGCGAGCUGCGACUCUGUCUCACCGGUUUCUUAUAUGGUUCCUGGAGGGUCCGGCGCUGUGACGUCUUGCGCGAAGCAAGAUGAGACCAAAC